UCAGCGUAUGUGUAUAUGCAUGUGUAUCUAUAUUUAAAGGCUUCAUAAUCUUGUCACAAUAAAAAUAUCUUCAUGUUUUGUAUCUUUCCGUUAUAACUCAAAUAAUUCUCUUCCAGAGUUCUUGGAUUUGUCCCCAAAUCAAUUGGAGAUCUAAGAAGACGAACAACCUUCAAAAGAGAAGAAGAAAAUGUGUACUCAUCAUGAUGACCAAUCACAACAGAACCUCCCUUGUCUCCAUUGCCAACCACAUACAUACAUUCGCAUGGUUCAACAUAUGAUAGAGAGAUGCAUUAUACUCCGUAUGACUCGUGACGAAUGCGUCAAGGCGUUAGACCACCACGCAAGCAUUCUACCGCUCGUUACGCUCACCAUUUGGAGAGGACUUCAAAGGGAAAAUAAGGAUUUCUUUGAAACGUAUGGGCAUUUCGUCUCUCCUACGCCAUUCUUAAGUGGAUAUGUUCGGAGAUCGCCGAGGUUUGCGAGAAGGAUAUGAUAUAGCGAAAGACUUUGCUUUUAGGCUUUUAGAUAUGUAAGAGAAAAAGCUUGAAACCUUGGUUAUUAUAGAUAGCUAAGAUGAACUAAUCAUCUUAUAUAUAUGUAGACCUUUUAUGUGAAAUGGUUUCUCUAUUAUUGUGUUAUCUAUUUCUAAGCUUGCUUGUUUA